CUUAAAUAUUUAAAGUCGUUUGUCUGCAGAUCAUCAAGAUGCACUCGUUCCUGGAUUACAUCAUGGGAGGCUGUCAGAUCCAGUUUACUGUCGCCAUCGACUUCACAGCAUCCAACGGAGACCCUCGCAACAGCUGCUCCCUGCACUACAUCCACCCGUACCAGCCCAACGAGUACCUGAAGGCUCUGGUGGCCGUGGGAGAAAUCUGCCAGGACUACGACAGUGACAAAAUGUUCCCGGCGUUCGGCUUCGGCGCUCAGAUCCCUCCAGACUACAAGGUCUCCCACGACUUCGCGGUGAAUUUUAACGAGGAGAACCCGGAGUGUGCAGGCAUCCAGGGUGUGGUAGAGGCGUAUCAGGCCUGCCUACCAAAGCUGCAGCUCUACGGCCCCACCAACAUCGCCCCCAUCAUCCAGAAAGUCGCCAAGUCUGCCUCGCAGGAGGUGCACACCAAAGAGGCCAUGCAAUACUUCAUCCUGCUGAUCCUGACAGACGGCGUCAUCACCGACAUGGCCGACACGAGGGAGGCCAUCGUUCAGGCUUCCCACCUCCCCAUGUCCAUCAUCAUCGUUGGGGUCGGGAACGCCGACUUCAGCGACAUGCAGAUGCUGGACGGCGACGACGGGAUCCUGCGCUCACCCAAAGGAGAGCCCGUCCUCCGGGACAUCGUUCAGUUCGUCCCCUUCCGCAACUUCAAACACGCGUCUCCAGCCGCUCUGGCUAAGAGCGUGCUAGCAGAAGUGCCCAACCAGGUGGUUGACUACUACAACAGCAAGGGCAUCAAGCCCAAAGUGCCCAGCCAGUACCAGUCUUCCAGGCCGUUUGGUCCAUGAGCCUACUGCCACAGCUGCCGCUGGACAGCACAACCUGAGAAAAAUGUUUACUGUCUUUUGUUCUUUGUUAAUGCGGAUGAUGAAGGUGCUACCUGCAGUGUCCUAUCAUUACAACGUGGCUUACUUUAGACCCGAGCAGACGACGUCAGUCUCUGGGGUAGAAGUUGUGAGUCGACUGGGUCUAAGUUUCACCGAUCUGAACCAGGUCAGGUCUCGUUUUUACCGAUACAGUCAUCUACCUGAGGGUGCAUGCUAUCAUCCGUCAUCACGAUCACUGCCUGAGGAGGGAAAAGGAGCAGAAGUUAAAGGAAAAGUGGAGCUGUUUACAAGUUAAUAGAAAACCUGCUGAUGCAUCAGCUGCUUGUUCCACUUUUAUGAAAAUCGUGGCCAAAGUCUUUAUUUAGACCUGCUUUUAUUUUGGGUGCAAUAAGAAGAAACACGGCUUCCAGUCUGAUGCAGAGCUACUAAUUAUUUAGCUGCGUUAGCCGUGGAGCAGUCUUCUUAUUAUAUUGCUGCUCUUUGAUGUUAAUCGGUCGGUAUAACCAACCGCACACCAUCCUGCUGCUGCUGGUUGUCUUCUUUCUCUGUUGGCGUCUGUUCAGGUCGACUGCUUUGUGCAAACCUCCGUCUGUUGGGGUCAGGAUCGACCUGCUAGUUAAACAUAAUGGAAGCUUGUUUUGUAGCUGGGAAAACCUCGACGUUAGUUUGGUUCAAAACACAAACAAGAGAGACGCCGUUUGGAUUACAUGAGUUUUAGUUAGCAUCGUGUCAUUGGAUGAUCUUGUCAUGAGAAACUUUCUGCUAUAAAUACUUGUUACCGCUGCCUAUUUAAGUUAUAAUUCUCCUUAAAGACUAAACCUGAUCUGUUCACAUCAGCAUUUUUGCUCAAGGGUCUCUGAACGUCCUGUUCAAGCAGCAGUCACAUUCACAGCUGUGAUUUCACCCGGGACCUGAAAUGAUUCGAACACCUUUUUGGCUCAGUAGACCCAGCACACGCCACAGACACACAACUGAAAGUGAUUGGAACAUAACGUCCAGGGACGCUGCCUUGAACAGCUGAUUGGCCAGAUUUCACCGUUUUUUUUUUUUAUUUGAUGGAGUGAAGAACCUUUUUUGAUUGGAGGCCGUCACAGCCAAUGAAUAUAGAGAAUAGCAUGACCUGUCUAUGUUGUGCAAACUGCUAGUAUUAAACAACUUGGUGUCUGUUUAGUGAAAAUGUUUUGGUCCUGUUACUGCAACACUGAGAUGUGACCCGUGGAGCUGAGCUGAGGGAAAUUAUGGAUACUUUAAGUCCAGCAUGGCAUUAAAAAGGAACUGCUCGACAAACUAAACUUUAAUUUAGCGAGUUUUGUCAGUGUAUCCAUUGAUUUAUCUUUUUUUGGCGCAUAGCAUUGCAAAAAGACGACGACAAAAACGUGUAACGAAGCCUGGAUCUCAUCGUUUAGCUUUAUCUGAUCAUAAAAAACGAUGUUCCCCCUCAAACUGGGGCAUUUUGUGGGUGGAAACAACAUUCUGUUCAUUUAGACCUGCAGCAGAAAUAAAAGGGAAAAUGGUUGAGAACUGGGUUAUUCCCAAAAGGGAAGAACAGCAUGAAGGUCAGGAAGGAAUUCAUCACAUCCCAACGUACACACCGGAAACUGCAAACGUAGCACCUUCAGCAUCCGCUGUGCAUGCAGGGUCGGCAGGCUGAGCAGACUGUAGCGUUCAGGAGUAUUUAAGAUGGAAAAGCACACAAACGAGCAACUCUGACCAAUUAAACGCUGCUUCCCUGCAGACAGCAUGACGGGCGGGGAACCAGUCGAUGAAGGAAUGUAUGACCCCACCCCCACCUCAUUUGUUUUUAUAAGAGUUUAUUGAGAUUUUGCUAAAUUUCGUAAGGUUCGUAUGUAGUAAAGCAUUUUGGAUCUCUGCCAGAGUGCGCUGCCUUCACAGACGUCUGCAUCCUCCACCGUUUUUAUCUCCGGGUCAGGCAGAUGCAUGAACUGUUGUUUUGCAUGCAAAUCUCCAUGCAGGACUGUGCGGUCCGUGUGGUUUCUGUUUCCUGGUAGUGAAUAAUAUGAGUAAUAAUUCUGUUUACAGUGUGCCCAGUGAUGGGGCUGUUCUACUCUCAAGCAUGUUCACAUGUAAAUGACAAUGUGUGAGUAGAUUGAAAAGCACAAAUGGAGCAUCUUUGGAGACGUUUCUAGAUUCUGGUGAUAGAUUUUGGUCACGUUGUGUCACAACACCUGUCCGUUUGUCUUCGUGUUUUAAAGAAAUGAAGACAAAAGCUUGUUUUCUUUUAGGUUUAUUGCAAAUUACUGAAGCAUCCAAACGUUUGUAGGACACGGUCACAGAUAUACGUCUUGGUGUUGGUUAGUGAAAUCCUUCAGAGGGAUCAGAAGUGUCCGAACAGCCGUGUGUGAUAACUUAAACCUACGUUUUUACACAUAUGUUCAUUCAGCAGGUUUUCACAGUUCUCUGCAUGCAGCUCAUGAACAACAUGGUAAUAACUGAGUUAUUUAAUAAUAUAAUAUCACGGACUAACCAAGCAAAGCUCGGCACUGACAGCAGGUAGUUGCACAGUAAUAACAGGAAAAUCCAUUUAAAAGUACCAAUGAGGCCAAAAGCAGCUACUGUGUAUCGUUUAGUUUCUGACAGUGAUGUGCUAACCUGCUGAUAGUGAUGAUGAACGUUAACAUUUUUACUUUUUUGGCUAAUUUUAACUGAAAACCUUUAAAUCUAAUAUUAGAAAAUGAUGAAAUCAUUUAUUUUUGAACAUUUUACUGUGACUGAAAGCACACGUGUUGCUUUCUGUGUAAGAACCAAACUACACCUCUCUAAUUGAAUUUUAAUGUAAGGAUAUUUACACAAUCAAAGUGUUUUUAUUAGUAAAUGUGCACAAUUAUCAUGUUGUACACGAGCUGGAACAUGAAGCAGUGACAGCUCAGCUUGCGUGUGCUUUACAUGUUUGCUCCUCAUAAACUUGAGCUGCUGCACAGGCACCGCUUCAUUUAGCGAGGAUUUUUUAAGACACUUUGAUUUCUGCUGUCGAUCAAGGAGCAGGUGGGGGACAGGUGUUGAGUCACAUGACUUAGUGUUGUGUUAACAUGCAGUAUUGUGUGCAAAACAAUGAAAAACUGACUUAUAAUAAAGUUUUAUCAGUAAGCUU